UUCUGAUUUAUUAUGAAAAUCUGACAGGAAAAUGUGAAGACGAAGCAUCCCCAAUUGCUAUAUGAAUCAAAGCUUUACAAGAUUCUACUAGGAGGAACUGGAAUUCCAAACGUCAGAUGGUUUGGUGUUGAAGGGGACUAUAAUGUCCUUGUCAUGGACCUACUAGGGCCGAGUCUUGAAGAUCUUUUCAACUUUUGUAGCAGAAAGCUGUCUUUAAAGACUGUUCUGAUGCUUGCCGACCAGAUGAUCAAUCGAGUGGAGUUUGUUCAUUCCAAAUCAUUUCUCCAUCGAGACAUCAAGCCAGAUAAUUUUCUUAUGGGUCUUGGAAGGAGAGCUAAUCAGGUCUACAUGAUAGAUUUUGGCCUGGCCAAGAAGUACAGGGAUACUACAACGCACCAGCAUAUUCCAUAUAGAGAGAACAAAAAUUUAACCGGGACGGCGAGAUAUGCAAGUGUCAAUACGCAUCUUGGCAUUGAACAAAGCCGGAGGGACGAUUUGGAAUCUCUUGGUUAUGUACUUAUGUACUUCCUAAGAGGAAGCCUUCCAUGGCAGGGCCUAAAAGCCGGAACCAAAAAGCAGAAGUAUGAAAAAAUUAGUGAAAGAAAAGUUGCGACUUCAAUUGAGGCUUUAUGUCGUGGAUAUCCUUCUGAAUUUGCAUCAUAUUUUCACUACUGUCGUUCCCUGCGGUUUGAUGAUAAGCCAGAUUAUCCAUACCUUAAAAGAUUGUUCAGGGACCUUUUCAUCCGCGAGGGAUUUCAGUUUGAUUAUGUAUUUGACUGGACGAUUCUGAAGUAUCAGCAGUCACAGAUUGCUAGUGCUCCUCAGCGUGUUCAUGGUACUGGGGCUGGACAAAGCUCUGGCAUGGCUCCCGCCGUGGUGAAUGAGAGGCAAUCAGGUGGUGAAGAAGGUAGGACAAGUGGUUGGGCAGCAAUGGAUCCUUCUCGUCGGCGGGCCCCACUUCCAGUAGUUAAUACAGGCAGCUUGUCCAAGCAGAAGAGUCCUGUGGGGAAUGAUCCAUCUGCUUCUAAAGAUGCCAUGCUAUCCAGUGCGACUUUCUUGGGACGGCCAAGCGGAUCCUCAAGGCGAGCUGCUGUUUCUAGCAGCCGGGACGCCUUUCCCACUGACUCUGACCCCUCACGAACCCGAAUGACGGACGCAAGCCCUGGGGCUUUACGGAUGGUUUCCGCUUCUCAGGGGAGCUCACCUUUCGGCCCUGCUGAGUCCCGGCACAUCUCUUCUGGGAGGCACCCAUCUAAUGUCAAGAGCUAUGAGUCGACCUUGAAAGGCAUUGAAGGCCUUAGUUUCGACCACAACGAGAGGCUCCACUACUAAGUACGCGGCAAAUGCUAUAUGCACCCUGUAAAAAAAGAAAAAAAGGAAAAAAAGAGAAAAGAAUUAGUAAUGUAGAGGACAGGAUAUGGUCUGUAUGUUUCUUUCAUCCCCGUUCAUUCCCCUUCAGUUGUGAACGACGGGAGCAAAAGAAAAGGGUGGGCCUGAAGAGGCGCCUUUCAACUUCCUUUUUUUUUUUUUAACAAAAAAAACUGAGUCAUGGGUCUGUAAAUUGUGAUGGGUGGUCUGUGGAUGGGCUCCUCUUUCAUGUCUUUUGGUCUUUGUGAUUCGAUUUUCUUGCUUGAAUAUUCUUUUGUGUUCGCAUUUGACAUCAAAUGUUUAUCAUCUGAUGGUUGCUAAGAUGUUCGAAA